AUGGACAUCAUCUCCAUUGAAGGAACCGUCGAAGGCAAUGAAGGCGCACCACUUCCGUCAGACGACAAGAGCGAUGAAGACGGCUUUGGAGCUGUAAUCCCCACGCUCGGCAUCUCUGCCGAGGAAGUGACGGAUGAGCAAAUCGAUGAGAUUGCCGAAGGUGUAGCCGCCGAUAAUAGUCAAGCUGAAAUCGAGAAAUAUGUCUUCGAGGCUCCCGAAAUAUUGGAGGCUUAUGCAGGCCCUGCGGACGGCGAGACAGCUGCGGAAUCACCCCUUACAGGAGAGGUGCAAGAUGUUCUCACUUCCCAAGGAGACCCACAAGCAUCAGAAGUGGCAGUCACAGAUACGCUUGAGCACACAACGGCGGUGGUGCAACCUGACACCGUCGCCAUCAAGGAGACAUCUCCUGAGGAUGCAUCUUUGGAUGCUGCAACCGCGGUCGUCUCAGAAGAGCUCCCAGUGAAGGAGUACCUGGAUGCAACAGUGGUGCCAGCCCUCAGGGUUGGGCUGCGCAUUCUGGCCAAGCAAAGGCCACCGAGUUAUAACGGGAACUAUCAUUGCCUUCUAUCUCCCAUGUACUGA